UCCUGCAGUCUUACAGUGUCUUUGCUCUGACGGCGACCGCGCGCCUCGGGAACCUUUUGUAGAAUUAUAUUCUCUGGAAGAUGUGAGUGUCCACACAGCACAAGAGGAUGCAAGGCAAUACAUGCCAUAGGAUGUCCUUCCACCCAGGAAGAGGAUGUCCCCGAGGGCGAGGAGGACAUGGAGCCAGACCCUCGGCACCAGCCUUCCGCCCCCAGAAUCUGAGGCUGCUCCACCCUCAACAGCCGCCCGCGCAAUAUCAAUAUGAACCGCCCAGUGCCCCCUCCACCACCUUCUCAAACUCUGCGGCCCCCAACUUCCUGCCCCCGCGCCCAGACUUCGUACCCUUCCCCCCGCCCAUGCCUCCGUCAGCACAGGGCCCUCUGCCCCCCUGCCCAGUCAGGCCCCCCUUCCCAAACCACCAGAUGCGGCACCCGUUCCCGGUGCCCCCCUGCUUCCCCCCCAUGCCUCCCCCUGUGCCCUGUCCCAACAAUCCCCCGGCCCCUGGAGCCCCUCCGGGGCAAAACUCUUACCCCUUUCUGAUGCCCCCUCCUUCCAUGCCUCACCCACCACCCCCUCCGGUCAUGCCCCAGCAGGUCAACUACCAGUACCCCCCAGGAUACUCCCACCACAACUUCCCGCCUCCCAGUUUCAGCAGCUUCCAGAACAACACCAGCUCCUUCCCCACCAGCGCCAACAACGGCAGCAGCCCACAUUUCAGACACCUCCCUCCGUACCCGCUGGCCAAGGCCCCCAGCGAGAGAAGGUCCCCAGAGCGGCUGAAGCACUAUGAGGACCACAGGCACCGCGAUCACAGCCACGGGCGAGGCGAGAGGCACCGGUCCCUGGAUCGGCGGGAGCGAGGCCGCAGCCCGGAUCGGAGGAGGCAGGACAGCCGCUACCGCGCUGACCAUGACCGGGGGAGGACGCCCUCUCGCCACCGCAGCUACGAGCGGAGCCGGGAGCGGGAGCGGGAGAGACACCGGCACCGGGAUAGCCGAAGGUCGCCGUCUUUGGAAAGACCCUUCAAGAAAGAGAACAAGCGACCUGGAAGGAGUUAUGGUUUGCCAGUUGUUCCCGACCCUGGAUGCACACCAGAAUUACCUGGGGAGAUUACUAAAAAUACAGAUUCUUGGGCCCCAGCCCCGGAGACUGUGGAUCAUCGCUCCCCAAGUAAGGAGAAGAAGAGGACUCGUUGGGAAGACGAAAAAGAGAGAUGGAGUGACAACCCUAGCUCUGGCAAAGAGAAGCUGUAUCCCUCCCUCAAGGAGAAGGAGCCGGAGGAGACGCUGCCUGACAAAAAUGAGGAGGAGGAGGAGGAACUGCUUAAACCGGUGUGGAUUCGCUGCACCCACUCAGAAAACUACUACUCGAGUGACCCCAUGGAUCAGGUGGGAGACUCCACUGUUGUUGGAACUAGUAGGCUGCGGGACUUAUAUGACAAAUUUGAGGAGGAGUUGGGGAGCAGGCAAGAAAAAGCCAAAGCUGCCCGACCACCCUGGGAGCCUCCCAAGACGAAGCUAGAUGAAGAUUUAGAGAGCUCCAGUGAGUCCGAGUGUGAGUCCGACGCGGAGAGCACCUGCUCCAGCAGCUCCGACUCGGAAGUGUUUGACGUCAUCGCAGAAAUCAAGCGUAAAAAGGCCCAUCCCGACCGACUCCACGAUGAGCUCUGGUACAACGACCCCGGCCAGGCCAUCAAACCCUGUCGUCCUAUGACCAACAAUGCUGGCCGGCUUUCCCACUAUCGGAUCACAGUCUCCCCACCCACAAACUUCCUGACCGACCGGCCAACCGUCAUAGAAUACGAUGACCACGAGUAUAUCUUCGAAGGGUUUUCCAUGUUUGCACAUGCUCCCCUGACCAAUAUCCCACUGUGUAAAGUGAUUCGAUUCAACAUAGACUACACGAUUCAUUUCAUUGAAGAGAUGAUGCCCGAGUACUUCAGCAUUGUGUUCAUGUUUUCCUCACCAGAUCUCAUCUCCUGGCAGCAGGAGGCCUUGCCCCUCGUGUCCGAGAACCUGCCUUUGAGCUGGUACGGAGGCAAGGAGGUGCUGUCCAUGCACCAGAUCCUCCUCUACCUGCUGCGCUGCAGCAAAGCCCUGGUGCCCGAGGAGGAGAUCGCCAACAUGCUUCAGUGGGAGGAGCUGGAGUGGCAGAAGUACGCGGAGGAAUGCAAAGGCAUGAUCGUCACCAACCCCGGCACGAAACCAAAUUCUGUCCGCAUCGAUCAACUGGAUCGUGAACAGUUCAACCCCGACGUGAUUACUUUUCCAAUUAUCGUCCACUUUGGGAUACGCCCUGCACAGUUGAGUUAUGCAGGAGAUCCACACUGGGAAGCCCUCCAAAAAAUCCGACAGAAGAAUACAAUGAGGCGAGAAGUCACUGUGGAGCUGAGUAGCCAAGGGUUCUGGAAAACUGGCAUCCGCUCGGACGUCUGUCAGCAUGCAAUGAUGUUGCCAGUUCUGACCCAUCAUAUCCGGUACCAUCAGUGCCUGAUGCACCUGGAUAAACUGAUAGGAUAUACUUUCCAGGAUCGUUGUCUGUUACAGCUGGCCAUGACCCAUCCGAGUCAUCACUUAAAUUUCGGGAUGAAUCCUGAUCAUGCCAGGAAUUCGUUGUCUAACUGUGGGAUCCGGCAGCCCAAAUACGGAGACAGAAAAGUUCAUCACAUGCACAUGCGGAAAAAAGGAAUAAACACCUUAAUAAAUAUUAUGUCACGCCUUGGCCAAGAUGACCCAACUCCUUCAAGGAUUAACCACAACGAGCGCUUGGAGUUCCUGGGAGAUGCUGUGGUUGAGUUUCUGACCAGCGUCCACCUGUACUAUUUGUUCCCUAGUCUGGAGGAAGGAGGCUUAGCGACCUAUCGGACUGCCAUCGUGCAGAAUCAACACCUGGCCAUGCUCGCGAAGAAACUUGAGCUGGACCGAUUUAUGCUCUAUGCUCACGGACCUGACCUGUGCAGAGAGUCAGACCUUCGGCACGCAAUGGCUAAUUGUUUUGAAGCGUUGAUAGGAGCUGUGUACCUGGAGGGAAGCCUGGAGGAAGCCAAGCAGUUGUUUGGACGUCUGCUCUUUAAUGAUCAGGACCUGCGAGAAGUCUGGCUCAAUUAUCCUCUCCACCCACUCCAACUGCAAGAGCCGAACACUGACCGACAGCUUGUCGAGACGUCUCCCGUUCUGCAGAAGCUUACUGAGUUUGAAGAUGCUAUUGGGGUCCUCUUCACCCAUGUGAGACUUCUGGCCCGAGCCUUUACCUUGAGAACUGUGGGAUUUAACCAUCUGACCCUGGGCCACAAUCAGAGGAUGGAAUUUCUGGGUGACUCCAUAAUGCAGCUGGUGGCUACAGAGUACUUGUUCAUUCACUUCCCAGACCAUCACGAAGGGCACUUAACUUUGCUGCGGAGCUCUCUGGUGAACAACCGGACCCAAGCCAAGGUGGCCGAGGAGCUCGGCAUGCAGGAGUACGCCAUAACCAACGACAAGACCAAGAGGCCCGUGGCCCUCAGGACCAAGACCUUGGCCGACCUUUUGGAAUCAUUCAUUGCCGCACUCUACAUUGAUAAGGAUUUGGAGUAUGUUCACACCUUCAUGAACGUCUGCUUCUUCCCACGGUUAAAAGAGUUCAUUUUGAAUCAGGACUGGAACGACCCCAAAUCCCAGCUUCAGCAGUGUUGCCUGACACUUAGGACGGAAGGAAAGGAGCCAGACAUCCCUCUGUACAAGACCCUGCAGACCGUGGGGCCAUCCCAUGCCCGGACCUACACGGUGGCCGUUUACUUCAAGGGAGAAAGAAUAGGCUGCGGGAAAGGACCGAGCAUUCAGCAAGCAGAAAUGGGAGCCGCGAUGGAUGCACUUGAAAAAUAUAACUUUCCCCAGAUGGCUCAUCAGAAGCGGUUCAUUGAACGGAAGUACAGACAAGAGCUAAAGGAAAUGCGGUGGGAAAGAGAACAUCAAGAGAGGGAACCGGAUGAGGCCGAGGACGUCAAGAAAUGAAGACGGCCCCGAAGCGGCCCCGCUCCCUGGCCUCAGCCUGCCGGGUUUUCCUCGGGACGGGUGUCCCGGGACUAAACGCCAAGGCCUGGCUAGUGUGGUUCUGUCUAAUGCUCAGUUUCCAACAGGUUGGUCUUCCCCAGAAAACAUUUCAUAUCUCUCUCAUUCAACUUCACCUUGGCGGAUGCCCCUCGUCCCUCUGACUUUGCUCAUUCAACGAACAACGUAAGAAAACAGCUUCUGUAUGGAAUAGAUGCUUUUUUCUUUUUGUUGUUUUCCCUCCUGAUCAUGUUCUCUGACGGUGACCUCCGAUUUCCGCCCGAUCAGGGAAGCAUUCAUUUCACCCGAUAGUUCGAAGAGGAGCCCUGGCGGCAUGGCAGUUAUGUGUUGGGCUGCUAACCAAAGUACAGCAGUUCGAACCCA